AUGACAGGACUUCACCGUGUCUUUAUCACCGGCGUCGGCGUCAUCAGCCCCUUGGGUCUUGAUCUUGCCUCGACUUGGGAGGGCAUAACCCAGGGGCGCUCCGGGGUUGACUUUCUUACCUCCUUCGACACGGAAGGAUUCGACACUCGUUUUGGUGCCGAGGUCAAGGGAUUCGAUCCGGAAGAGUAUCUUGACCGUAAAGACGCCCGUCGCAUGGACCGUUUCGCCCAGUUCGCGGCCGUCGCGGCCCAGCAGGCCUGCCAGCAGGCAAACCUUUCUCCGAAAGGAGAGGACCCCUACCGCGUGGCCGUGAUUAUCGGCAGCGGCAUCGGCGGUAUCUCCACCCUUUCCCAGCAAUUCACCGUCCUGAGUGAGCGUGGCCCAAGGCGAGUCAGCCCAUUCCUGAUACCGAUGAUGCUGGGUGAUAUGGCUUCUGCCCAGGUCUCCAUGAUCACCGGUUCAAUGGGCGCCAACUAUUGCCUGGUAUCGUCCUGCUCCAGCGGGGCAGACGCCAUGGGCCAGGCAUGGGAUAUGGUGAGGACCGGAAGGGAGGACAUCGUACUCGCCGGCGGCACUGAGGCGCCGCUAGUCCCAGUGUCGGUCGCCGGAUUCAAUGCCCUGCGCGCCCUUUCCCGGAGAAACGAAAGCCCGGCGCAAGCGAGCAGGCCCUUUGAUAAAUCCAGAGAUGGCUUCGUCAUGGGCGAGGGGUCAGCUGUCUUCGUAAUGGAAAGCGAGGAAAGUGCUGCUCGCCGGAAUGUAGAGCCGCUGGCCGAGCUCAGAGGCUACGCCGCAACCUCCGACGCUCAUCACCUGACCGAGCCCUCCGCCACAGGCGAGAGCGCCGCCCGCGCCAUGGUGAUGGCGCUGGCCGAGGCAGGCAUAGACUCCUCUGAGGUCGGCUACAUCAACGCCCACGGGACCUCCACUCCUCUCAAUGACAAGCACGAGACCAAGGCAAUCAAGGUUGCCUUGGGUGAAGACGCCUACCGCGUGCCGAUCAGCUCCAGCAAGUCAAUGACCGGUCACCUGCUGGGUGCGGGUGGUGCGUUAGAAGCCGCCAUCUGCGUGAUGGCCAUGAGGGACGGCCUCAUACCGCCCACAAUCAACCUCGACGAACCUGACCCGGAAUGCGACCUCAACUACACCCCCAACGCGGCCCUCAAACUGGAACUCGACGUCGCAAUGAGCAAUUCAUUCGGGUUCGGCGGACACAAUUCGGUGCUGGUAUUCAGCAAGCCACGCCAGGGUCGGCAGGAGUGA